UGUGUGUGUGAGUGUGUGUGUGUGUUAUGCUCUGGGCCGGCCAAUCCCAGCACGCAGAAAGCAAAAAGCCAACAGCGGCAUCGGCGCAACACAUCAGCAGUUGCCGAGAACGGUGUCAGCAGUGGUGACACGCAACACUCGCCCAGAGACACACCAGAAGCAGUACAAACGGCACCUUCGCCAUGCCGACGGCUCCAACGUUGGAGCUGAUUGCUGCGCGUGGCAGCAAGAAGCAGCGGCAACGCAAGGACGAGAGCGUCCAGGACUUUGUUGCUCGCAUCACCCAUCUCGAUCUCACCCGGAAGCACCUGCUUGCCCUCGAUAACAUCAACGCAUGCCACAAGCUGCUGACCCUGUAUCUGUACGAGAACCGGAUCAGCAAGAUCACAAACCUCAACAGCUGCACCCACCUCACACACCUCUACCUCCAGGACAAUGCCAUUGAGAGAUUAGAGGGCGUCAACCGCCUCAGACAUCUCACGAAACUAUUUAUUGGCAGGAACAAGUUGAUUGUGUUGGAGGGCCUGCACGACCUUCCCAACCUCAAGGAGUUACACAUUGAGUACCAGCAGUUGCCGCCUGGCGAGAAGUUGCUGGUGGACCCGCGAACCGCUCUCAGCUUGCGGCGGUCUGUGCGGCACCUCAAUCUGGCGGGAAACAACCUUGACGACCUGUCCGAGUUUGUGGGCUUUGAUGGGCUCAAGACGGUCGACGUCUCACACAACAAACUCACCGACCUUAAUCAAAUACAAAUGGCGUUUGGCAAGUGCCGUCACCUCGGCACGCUCAACGUCAACGGCAACCCAUUUUGUCUUCUCAGCAAAUACCGCGAGGAGAUUGUUGUGAUGGUGCAGUCGCUUCGCAUGCUCGAUGGCCGCGAGGUCACCCCAACCAUGCGCCAAUUCCUCAACAACUGGAAGAGUGUGCUUGAUCACCGACGAAAGAAAGGCGCCCAUCUGCGUCCGCAGCAGCGCCCACCGCACUCUGCAAAGUACAAGAAGCCAACGUUCAAGCGACAGGGUGUGUCUGUCGUGCCGAGUUUCAGAAGUCGCCUUCGCCCGUCCCCGAGCAUGCUGCCGCCACUGCAAGCGCAACCCGCCCCGCGCACGUCUGAUUUGGAUGUGCUAGCACGCAAGGCUUCGUCCAGCAGAACUGCCAGGCUCAAGUGAUGCUGCUGCUGCUGCUGCUGCUGCUGC